AGCAGGAGUACGAUGCCCGGGAGGCGCGGCCAGAAGCGGAAGUAGUUGUGGGAGCCUUUCAACGGCCUCGGACGCCGCGGAGUAGUCUGUGUGGGUUCGGGGUCGCUGGCGGGGGUCGCGAGGGCUUGCGCCGGGAGCGGAGACAUGGAGGGAGAUGGUUCAGACCCAGAGCCUCCAGAUGCUGGGGAGGACAGCAAGUCGGAGAAUGGGGAGAAUGCACCCAUCUACUGCAUCUGCCGCAAGCCGGACAUCAACUGCUUCAUGAUCGGCUGUGACAACUGCAAUGAGUGGUUCCAUGGGGACUGCAUUCGGAUCACUGAGAAGAUGGCCAAGGCCAUCCGGGAGUGGUACUGUCGGGACUGCCGAGAGAAAGACCCGAAGUUGGAGAUUCGCUAUCGGCAUAAGAAGUCUCGGGAGCGGGACGGCAGUGAGCGGGACGGCAGUGAGCCCCGGGAUGAGGGUGGCGGGCGCAAGAGGCCUAUCCCGGAUCCGGACCUGCAGCGCCGGGCAGGGUCAGGAACAGGGGUUGGGGCCAUGCUUGCUCGGGGCUCUGCUUCGCCCCACAAAUCCUCUCCACAGCCCUUGAUGGUCAUACCCAGCCAGCAUCACCAGCAGCAGCAGCAGAUCAAACGGUCAGCCCGCAUGUGUGGUGAGUGUGAGGCCUGCCGGCGCACUGAAGACUGUGGCCACUGUGACUUCUGCCGGGACAUGAAGAAGUUUGGGGGCCCCAACAAGAUCCGGCAGAAGUGUCGGCUACGCCAGUGCCAGCUGCGGGCCCGGGAAUCGUACAAGUACUUCCCUUCCUCGCUCUCGCCGGUGACGCCCUCAGAGUCCCUGCCAAGGCCCCGCCGGCCACUGCCUACCCAGCAGCAGCCACAGCCAUCACAGAAGCUGGGGCGGAUCCGGGAAGAUGAGGGGGCAGUGGCAUCAGCAGCAGUCAAGGAGCCGCCCGAGGCUACAGCCACGCCCGAGCCACUGUCCGACGAGGACUUGCCACUGGACCCUGACCUCUACCAGGACUUCUGUGCGGGGGCCUUUGAUGACCAUGGCCUGCCUUGGAUGAGUGACACGGAAGAGUCCCCGUUUCUGGACCCCGCGUUGCGGAAGAGAGCCGUGAAGGUGAAGCAUGUGAAGCGCCGGGAAAAGAAGUCUGAGAAGAAGAAGGAAGAGAGAUACAAGCGGCACCGGCAGAAGCAGAAGCACAAGGACAAAUGGAAACACCCAGAGAGGGCUGACGCCAAGGACCCUGCAUCACUGCCACAGUGCCUGGGGCCUGGCUGUGUGCGCGCUGCCCAGCCCGGCUCCAAGUAUUGCUCGGAUGACUGCGGCAUGAAGCUGGCAGCCAACCGCAUCUACGAGAUCCUCCCGCAGCGCAUCCAGCAGUGGCAGCAGAGCCCCUGCAUCGCGGAGGAGCAUGGCAAGAAGCUGCUGGAGCGCAUCCGCCGGGAGCAGCAGAGCGCCCGCACCCGCCUCCAGGAAAUGGAGCGCCGCUUCCAUGAGCUCGAGGCCAUCAUUCUGCGUGCCAAGCAGCAGGCUGUGCGCGAGGAUGAAGAGAGCAAUGAGAAUGACAGCGACGACACAGACCUGCAGAUCUUCUGCGUUUCCUGCGGGCAUCCCAUCAACCCACGCGUUGCCUUGCGCCACAUGGAGCGCUGCUAUGCCAAGUAUGAGAGCCAGACGUCCUUCGGGUCCAUGUACCCCACCCGCAUUGAAGGGGCCACACGACUCUUCUGUGAUGUAUACAACCCUCAGAGCAAAACAUACUGUAAGCGGCUCCAGGUGCUGUGUCCUGAGCACUCGCGGGACCCCAAAGUGCCAGCCGACGAGGUGUGCGGGUGUCCUCUUGUGCGGGAUGUCUUUGAGCUCACAGGUGACUUCUGCCGCCUGCCCAAGCGCCAGUGCAAUCGUCAUUACUGCUGGGAGAAGCUGCGGCGAGCCGAAGUGGACCUGGAGCGCGUGCGCGUGUGGUACAAGUUGGACGAGCUGUUUGAGCAGGAGCGCAACGUGCGCACAGCCAUGACAAACCGCGCAGGGCUGCUGGCCUUGAUGCUGCACCAGACAAUCCAGCACGACCCGCUCACCACCGACCUGCGCUCCAGCGCCGACCGCUGAGCGCACCGGCCCAGGCCCGCCCGGGCGGCCUGCUCCUCCGUUUGUUCGUUCCUCCUUCGUCUGUUUCUUCAGCUGCCCCCAAGUUUCUCCCUGUGCCCAGCCAGCACCUGAGUGCCCAUCUGCCCCUACCAGGGGGUCUCAGACUGCGUCCGUCGGUCUGUCUCCGCUCUUGUGCUGGGUGGGACUGUGAAGUUUGCUCACCCUUGCCUCCCGCGGUUUUGUUAAUAAAAUUUUGAAGCAAGAA